AUGCCUCGGUAUGGCGCCCCAACUGCCAUGGGCAGCGCCAAAACGCCUUUUCCCACUCGACAAAUGGCCGUACUUGCCCUGUGCCGGAUAUGCGAACCCAUCGCCUUCAUGUCGAUCUUUCCCUAUGCCUACUUCAUGGUCGAAUCCUUCAUGAGUGGCCAGAGCUCAGCCCAAAUCUCAAUGUACACGGGCAUGGUAACUUCGUCAUUCGCCUUCAUGGAGUGCAUCAGUGGCAUUUUCUGGGGCCGACUUAGCGACCGGGUCGGACGGAAGAAGGUGCUGCUCGGAGGCCUCCUGGGCACGGGGCUGAGCAUGCUUCUUCUCGGCUUCUCCCAGAGCCUGCCAAUGGCGCUCAUUGCCCGGGCUCUCGGGGGUUUGCUGAACGGGAACAUCGGCGUACUCCAAACCACCGUCGCAGAAUUGAUCACGGAUAAGCGACACCAGCCUCGCGCUUAUUCCAUCAUGCCCUUUGUUUGGUGCCUUGGCACCAUUAUUGGCGGAGCCCUUGGCGGCUUGCUUGCCCGCCCUGCCGACGUAAUGCCUUUUUUCAAAGCCACCAUCUUCGAAACGUACCCGUUUCUUCUUCCAAACCUUGUAUGCACUGCUUUUGUUAUUCUCGGACUCACGGUCGGCAUCCUGUUCCUCGAGGAGACUCACGAAGAUCGCAAGUACGAUCAGGAUCGCGGUCGCGAGGCCGGCCAAUGGCUGGUCCGCAAGCUCUGGAAGCGCGAUGCACAGCAAACUUUUGACGACAAGGAUGCCUCGCUUGACGAAAUGACAUCGAUGCUCAACGACCACGACCACAAUGCCCAGGCAUACCAAAGUACCGAGACCUCGCCCACGCUCUGCAGCACCCGCACCUCUAUUUCGGAAUUGCCCGACUUUUCUCUCGACAAGGAACUCGCACCCGCGCCCACGAUCCGACAGGCUUUUUCCAAGCAGGUGUGCAUGAACGUUGCAUGCUAUGGCAUCCUCGCAUUCCACACAAUCUCGCUCGAGCAGCUUCUGCCCAUUCUCAUGUCCAAGAAGCUGCCCUCGGGCGAGAACCAGCAUCUUCCCUUCCACUUUGACGGCGGAUUCGGCUGGUCGACUCAGACUACCGGGGCUUUCCUUGCUGCCCAGGGCUUCCUCCAAAUGCUUGCUCAGGUCAUUGUCUUUCCCUGGCUUAGCAAGAAGCUUGGCAGCCUUCGCACCUUCUGGAUCACGCUUUCCUGCUACCCGAUCCUUUACCUACUGGCCCCAUACCUGGCCAUUCUGCCCGAGAGCCUCCGCAUUCCUGGACUCAUGGUUUUGCUCAUCGCCAAAGUUACCUUCCAGUCGCUCUCGUAUCCCUCUCUGGCUAUCAUCCUCGCAAACUCAUCUCCCUCGAAAAAGGUCCUCGGCACGCUCAACGGUGUUGCCAUGUCUUCUGCAAGCAUUGCCCGUGGUUUCGGUCCUACUGUAUCCGGCGCCGUUGACAGCCUAGGCACCUCGAUGCACAUGUCGGGCCUCGCGUGGUGGACCAUUGCUGCAGUAGCUUUUCUCGGCUGGCUUCCCGGAUUUGCUCUGCAGGAGGGCAACAAGCGACCCAACUUUACUUGCCAGGACGACGAGGAGGCCCUUCUCGACAACGACUCUGACGCCGAUUCCAUCAUCACCCUUACCCCCGAUGAGACGGUAGACACCGUUCUCACAAAAUAGACCUCGAAAAGUUCACGACCAACACAACACGGCGCAUUCGUAUAUAUACUUUUUUUUUCUCACUUUUUCGCCUUCUGGAUACAGCCCCUGCCAUGGACUCGACCUUUACGCGCUGGCAGCGACCCCCUUUGAUUUUCGCAUUCAACCUUGGGAAUUAUAGACUUUUAUUGUUGGGUUCGACGAACGAACCCUUUGUUUGUACUCUUUGUAAUCGGUGUAUUAUCAUGGGAGCGACUUAGCGACAUGACUUUUUUGGGCGGCACAUUUGAACAACAUUUUUUAUUAGACGGAAAAGCUCAAUUGUAUUCAGAGACCAGCAAUGGUUGUUGAGCAGGCGUUUGUUUCAAGAACAAAAUACCCCGGCAUGUAUUAUUUCCCCAUCAUCACACUGUAUGUAUGUUAGUUAGAAUAGCUUGCUCAGGCAAAUGGAUGACAUUAAUGAUUCU